AUGGCAGCGACGAGGCUGGCUGUGAGGAACACCUGCUUUUAUGCCCUCUCGGUCUUGCCCAGGCAUGGCCAGCCUGCUCCCUGCCAGAGUCACGAGUACCCGUGUGAGCUGGGGGCCUGUCUGAAUGCAUCCCUGGUGUGUGAUGGCCAGCAAAACUGCGCAGAUGGCUCGGAUGAGGGGGGCAACUGCUCUGUGCCCUGCCAGCGGUCCUGCACUCAUCUCUGCCACCCCUCACCUCAAGGCCCUCGGUGCUGGUGUGACCGGGGCUAUCGGCUAGCCGAGGAUGGUCUGUCCUGCAUAGACAUAGACGAGUGCACAGAGUGGAGUGAGGGAGCCUGCAGCCAGACAUGCCUCAAUGUCCCAGGGUCCUACAGCUGUGGCUGCCUUCCUGGCUACCUGCUGGAGCCUGACAAUACAGUCUGCAAACUCACUGGACCAGAGCCCAUGCUGCUGGUGGCUGUGCAGUCAGAGGUGUUGUCCUACGGCUUGCGAAGUGGGCGAGAGGAGGUGCUACUGGCCACUGACAAGGAUCGUGUUGUCUUCUCACUUGACUAUGACCCAAUGGAGAGAAAAGUCUUGUGGAUGGACCUAGCCACAGAGAGCAUCCGCUGGCAGGACCUUGACUCGGGCAGGAAAGGCACACUGGUAAAAGGUGUGAGAUCAGACUGUAUAGCAGUGGACUGGCUUGGGAGGAACCUGUACUGGACAGACGGAGCAGCAGGGCAGGUGCUGGCCACUCGCCUUGGGGCUGCUUGGAGAGGGAUACCAGAGUACACUGUGGUGAUGGAUGGUAACCUGGACCAGCCCCACUCCCUGGUGCUCCAGCCUCUGGCAGGGGAUGAUGUUGUGGCAGGUCUGUGGGUCAGCACCUUUCUUCUCACCAGGCUGCUGUACUGGUCAGAGGUGGGGAGCCACCCACGGCUGAUGGAGGCCACCAUGGAUGGGAGUCGACAGCACGUGCUGCUGGCCCAGGGUCUGGGCUGGCCCACAGCACUGGCCCUUGACCUCACAACCUCGAGGAUCUUCUGGCUGGAUGAGAAGCUGGGCAGCAUUGGUUCUGCACAUCUGGAUGGUACCAGUGUGAAGGUUCUGCAACUGGGCUGGGUCCAGAGCCCCUUCGCGGCGGCUGUAUGUGAGGGGCAUCUCUACUGGUCAGACAGCAAGACGUGGUCUGUGCAGCAAGUGGACAAGGCCAGUGGCAAGAACAGAACCAUACUGCUUAAGCGACAUGGGCAGCCCCACGGCCUCCAGGUGAUGCACCCAGCCCUGCACCCUGUAGUUCCUAACCCUUGUGCCACACGUGGCUGCUCCCACCUGUGCCUGCUGAGCUCCAGACACGCUGGGCGGUGCCGGUGUCCCACCGGGCUAACACUGGCCGAUGAUGAGACCACCUGCCUACCCCUCCGAGAUUCAGCCUUUGCCCUCCUGGUGUCCCCAGCAGCUGUGGCGCAGGUCUACCUGAAGGACUUGCCCACAACAUCUGUACCUCAAGGCCUUCCUCCACGCCGGGCCCUGCCCUUGGCCAAGGUGGGCCACCUGACAGCCAUUGACUAUGCAGUGAAAGACAAGAGCCUGUACUUUGCAGAGCUGGGGAACGACUCCAUCAGGCUGCUGCGCAUGAAGGACCGGGGCCGCCUGUCCUGGAAAAAGGUGGUGGCUGUGGAGGGUGCGGUGACGUCCCUGGCCGUGGACUGGCUGAGUGGCAACCUGUACUGGAUUGAGGGGCAGCCACCAAGCAUCUACGUGGCAGCUCCUGGGGGGCGGUGGACCCUGGAGCUGCUCAACAAGGGGUUGAAGAGUGCUGCCUGGCUGGCACUGUGCCCUCGUGCCUCCACUAUGUGCUUUGUCACAGCGUCCAGCAGCCAGGGGCCUAGUGCCACAGUGGAGUGCGCGGCCAUGGAUGGCACUGGCCGCAGAGCAGUCUGGAAGAGAGCCAGGGCUCCUGUUGGCCUUGCCUUUGGGGGUGCUGGCACCCGGCUGUACUGGGCAGACCGUGGGAGAGGCACCAUCAGCAGCAUUGAACUGGAUGGAUCCCACUUCAGGGUGGUGCGGGAAGGGCUGCACAGCCUCUCACUCUUUGCUGCUGGUGAAGGCUUUCUGCUCUGGAGUACAACCUCAACCAAUGGCUCCAACAAGGUCUGGUACAGCCAGCUGGAGCGAGGUGAGAGCUGGUGGUUCCCUAUGGAGGAGGAGUUAGUAGCCAUGAGAAUUUACAGCCCGUUCUCACAGGAAGGCACCAAUGGCUGUGCAAAGAGCAAUGGGGGCUGUGCACAACUCUGUCUGCCCAACCCUGCAGGGCGACUGUGUCACUGCUCCCCCGGCUACCACCUGGUGCAUGGGGUGGCAUGUACACCGGCAGUGCCCUGCCCAGCCCCCCUGCAAGCCUGUCCUGACCUCCAGAGUUGCAUCUCUGGAGAGCAGGUCUGCGAUGGGCACCCUGACUGCACUGACGGCUCCGAUGAGUCUGACUGCUCCUCUGUGAAGGUGGGAACGCAGCUCCCCGUGGUGGCACCAUCGGGAAUGUCUCAUGUGGAGGAACAGAAACCAGCCUCACCCCCAGCUGCAGCCAAGCCUUGGCAGCCCACCUCCAGCCUGUCUGCAACACCUGGCUCCCAGGAGCACCGAGAGCCCUUCCUGGUAACUCCCAGCACUGAGGAGGUGCUGGGAGCCAUGCCAUGCAGCAGCGAGAUGUGUAACCUGCGUGGGGACUGUGCCAUCGAGGCUGGGCAAGUGACAUGCCACUGUGCCCUGGGCUAUCGUGGCGACUACUGUGAGGAGGCAGAGGUGCAGCCGGUUGCAGGACCGAUCGCCCUGGGGGUGGUUGUGCUCCUGCUGCUUGCUGCUGCUGCUGUGGGCGCCCUGGCCUACAUGCGGAAGCGAGAUAAGAGAAAAAGGACUUCAAGCACUGCUUCCACUCGGGUACUGACCUUGUACCACCGUGAAAGUGACCCUGAGGAAGAAGAUGAGGAAGAUGAGGAAGAGCUUCCCCCCAAGAGUGAUACCUUUGUGAAUGAAGCUUAUGAUGGGAAAGAGGAGCUGCCAGCACCACUGAGGAAAGGACCAUCUCGCCCCAACACUGUAGUUUCAUAA